ACUGCCAGUGGGGAAGGAGCUCUCUGGAGAUCCGCUCCACCAGAGUUUCCCACGCGAGCCCAGGUUACGGGGUCACAGUGCACCGGGCUGUUUAGCACCACUGUGCUGGGAGGCUCCUCCAGUGCCCCCAACCUUCAGGACUACGCACGCAGCCAUGGCAAAAAGUUUGCCAGCAGCCUGACAUACAAAGACGAUGCGUUUGAGCACCACCACGUUGCCCAGUUGCUGCGCCGUUUUUCCUCUGACUAUGCCACGAGCCGGAACAUCUCCCUGGAUGCCACUCUAGCCCAUCACCUCCAGCAGUGCUCCUACCACCUGCGCCUCUUCAGGAGCUGGCUGAUCUCAGGGCAGGAUGACUUGGAGUGUCUUUACGGUUUUGAAGGCUGUUCCAUGGUUCCCACCAUUUAUCCCCUGGAGACCUUGCACAACUCCCUCUCUUUGCGGCAGGUCAAUGAGUUCCUGACGGCUGUGUGCAGGAGUUGCAGUGAAUCACAUGUUCAGUCUACUGCAGCUUUGUUUGAUUCAAUGAUUGGCAGCCAAAUAGCAGGGGACCCCUUUAUGUCUCAGCGAAUUCUAUCAUCAUCCUCAUUGCCACUGCGCCAGAGGUCGGAUAAGCCCCCUUGGUACAGCAGUGGCCCUUCCAGUACUGUCUCCAGUGCAGGCCCAUCCUCCCCAACCUCUUUGGACAGCUGCACUCGUUUCAACUUCGCUGAGAAACUUUCCAUCAGUCCCUCCAAAAAUGAGGAGCAGCUGAGUGGCCAGUCCCCUGAACAAGGAGAGAGGCAGCCUGACAGUGGAGGGCUUGGUGGGGAGGUGGGCAUGUCUGGGUUGCCAGUGACGGAGCCCAAUGCUUCUGAGACCAGGAGUAAGGACCCAGAGCCAGGUGUGCUCCCAGAACUGUGCAAGAAGGAGCUGGGAAAGGAGAACUCUAACCUGGAGGAAAAAAGUAUGGUGGAGGUGGAAGAAGAUUCAGCUGAGGAAAUGCUAGAUUCAAUUAACAUAGGGAAACCAAAGAGUGGUGCAGAGUCUGAGAUGAGGCCAGCUGGGGAGAGAGUGAAGCCAGCUGAGGGAGAUUUAGGAGUAAUGACUGGCCUGUAUCAAUCAGGGCUGGCCAAGAACAUCUUGGUGCCCUGUGAAGAGGAACUUCUGGGAGAAGAGUUGGACCCAGAGCAUGUGGGUGAGGAACCAUUUAUGGGAUGCAGUGCUCUGUCAGACCAGCUUCUGUCUGGUCAGCUGUGCUGGGAGGAGCCGCCUCCUCUUGAGGCAAGUGUGGAGGGGCUGCAGCCACUAUGUCGGGAGGAUCAGCAGAACUAGCAGCUCACUGGACAGCACACUGUGAGCGCUUCUAGCCUGGAGGCAGCCAACUUCCUGCACAGCACUUCAUGCAGAUGGUUGUCCACGGAACAAGCCAUGCCCCAAGUCCAUAGGACUCCAGGUCGUGGAAGAGUCUGCUCUGCUCCUACACAAGCCAGCUCUUUGCCAUCCAGCAAGAGACAAUACUUCAUCUGCCAUGUUAAACAAACACAAAUGCACCUCCAUUGAGCAGGGAUGUGACACUGCGUUGGUUCAGCGUCUCUCUAGGGCUGUACGCUCACUGGGACAGUGGAUUGGUAGAGCUGAGGCUUUUGGAGUGGUGAGUCCAGAGGACACAAAUGCUCCCUGGAGAUUAGUAGGCCCACAGCCUUUAGGGAAGGCAUUCUGGGCUCAAAGUAAUCGGGUUCUUCACAACCAUCAGCCUCCUCUCUGUUCCUUCCUUUCCUUCUCUUGAUCACCACUACUGGCUGCCAAAAACUGAUCCAGAGAGGCAGUAGAGGGAAGAAUAGGAAAAGGAGAAAGAAAGCGUUCUGAGUGAGUUUGAGAAGGAGAGCAAUGAGAAGAACAGGUUCAAGACAGCUACUUGCAAGAAAACCUCUCUCUGGAGUGGACUUGAAUGUUUUCCUGCUGGGCUGGGCUGGCAGGAGCCAGGGAUCCAGCCAGAGAGAGGUGUGCAGGGAGGACACACACGGGUUUUUCUAGUCCCCAAGGGUCAUGUGAGGUAAAGCUUUGAACUCUUGGUGACAGAAAUUAAGAGAAACUGCUAUUUGAGCAAAUCAGGAUUAUUAGAAACCAAUAAGAAGAAAACUUUAUUCUAUAUAAAAUGAGAAAUAUUUAAUACAUAUUUAUGUAAACGAGUUGUGAGCACAAGCCUGAAGGCAACGUUGACACAGCUGUCCCUGCCAUGUCCUGAGUGCAGGGCAGGGCUGUGCCUCUUGCGCCUCCUGUAUUUAUGGACAAGUCUGUGUGUUUGUCUGUAGCUACCAUAUACGUUUUUGUGAAGCUCUGCCCAAAGAUCUCUGUGCUGUGUUGUGAUGUGUGUUCACAGUAAAUCUCUGCUGUGGGUCUUGUGUCUGUCUUAGUUGACUUGUGCAGCAGUGUGUGUGCGCCAGACCUUGCUGAUGCUCAGAGCAGCAAGCCUUGCUUGUUCUCGGCCAUUCUGGAGGAAGAAGAAACUGUGGUCAAGACAAGUCACUGCUGAAGUGAGUGCAUAUGCAUGGAGUUUGCUUGAGGAAAGCCAGAUGCUUCUUUUCAUUCUCCUUGUUUGAGGAACUGAUUGUAUGGGGGAAGAGGUCCUGGCUUGCACAGUGAUUUGCUGUAGAGUGAAGACUCUGGGGUAGUGUUUGAUUCCUCUCACCUGGUCCAAACCUUCUCAUUGGUUCCAAGGACAUCCCGUGUAAUGCUUCCUUGUGCCCAACAAGUCGACCUUUCAGUUUGGGUGUUUCAGUGAUAUCCAUUUGUACUUGAAAUGUAGUGGAUCUUAGUGGCUUUGAGUGCAGCUCUGCACCAGGAGGAAACCCGUGCUCUUUCUGCAGGGCUUUGUGCUGGGAUCUGGGAGAAGGCCUGCUGUGUGCUCAUGGAAGAGCUCUGCCUUUUAUUGGCAGUAUGGUAUUCAGGUUUGGAUGAGCAGCUUCCUUGGCCUGUGCCUAUCAGGGCUGAGGUUGCUAGGCUUUGGUGUGGCCUGGUCCCGAGAGUUGGCUGUGGGAAAGC